GGGUUGAUCCGACUUUCCCUCCCCCCCCCCGCUCGUCACGAACCAUGCCCGACAACCAGAAGCGGGGCAGCCGUGACGACAAACCGGCCAACCCUCACCGCAAGGAGCCCGAGCCCAAUACCUCCGCCGGGGCCAACGAGGGCGAGCAGGAUGGCCCGUCGCUGGCCAGUCGCAUACAAAGCUCUGCGUCAGGUCUUGCAAAGCAUGUUUUUUCCUCCUCCGGCCCGCCUUCUGCAGAGACCGCUCAAUUGCUGGCCGGCAGCGGUAAAGCCGGGCCUUCGUCGACCUCCUCGCAGUCCGCCCUAGCAGCAGCGCAACAGUACCACGAAACCACCCACUCGAGCUCCUCCCGAACGGCAGAUCGGGCAUACUCCGCACAAUCUGAACCGUUCCGAUCGUCCUCGACAGCCCACGCCGGAGGGUUCGAGCUCCCCGGGCUCACAGAGGAAGAGUUCCAGCUCACGUUCGGGGAAGGGUCCCUCGACGGCGACAAUGGCAUGUACCUUGCAGCAGCCGCACCGAGCGCAGCGGAGCUAAGCUCAGUUGACGUGGAUAAAGGCAAGGGGAGAUGGACACCGAGUUCUCAUCAAGGCGGCGAAGGAAUACUGUUUCGUGACAGCCGAGGCAGGACGUCCGCCCUUUCCUCCGACGGCGCCGCAGUCGUCUCGCUCCUCUCCGACCAGACCUUCGACCCCAAUUUUCCUCCAUCCGCCGACGAGCCAGCCGAGACCAUCGAGACAGAACUGUUAUCCUCGCUCCAACUCAGCCCCGCUGAGAUCCAGAUGAUCGAGUCCUUCCGUCGAAUGCUGCCUCCCUCUAGUACUACACACUCCACCACAGCCCCUAAUCCGACGAACCCCCGCAGCCUUGUCCCCGACAUCAGCGACUUCCUCGACUCCGUCCCGUCAACCGCGAACACAGACGCAGUGGACCUGCGCGAUGCCGUCCUCACGGGGCUACCCGGCGCAGCGGACUGGCUUACGGUGGAAGAGCGCUAUCACGACGAAGUCUGGGGGUAUCUGCAGCCCACGCUGGAAGCCGCCGCCCAGGAGAUGCAGGCCAGGGACAAUGGCAGCCAAGGGGGACAAGGAGCAGACGAGGGGCCUGCUGUGCGACGGCUGAAGAUGAUUCUGAGGCACAUGCAGACGAGUUCUGGUGCGUAGACCGCUAUGCUUAAUCAUGGUGUGUUUCUAUAAGUGUAGGAUAGGUAAUAUGACUCG